AUGAUAUUUGUACGUAAAUUACAAAAUUUAGGAUUAUUGAUAAUUUUAUUAUCUGUUAUCAAUACUUCCUCCCAUCCAUAUCCUGCACAAGAAGAUUCAUAUCACGUACAUAGAGUAGCGUUUAAUCCACGAGGAUAUCGAACUAUAAAUGAAAUAUCAACUCGAAGCCCAACAUCAUAUACAUCUCCGGAUUGGUCAAUAGGAUAUAAACUCUCUAUUCAUACAGAUGCUGGUACAUUCCAUGAAGGACCAUUUUUAUGGUGGGAUGGCUGGGUAAAUGGAAUAUAUUGUAACGAUAUACAUCUUCAUUUAAAAAACACUGGUUUUCAACUUAGACUUUCUUAUAACUUGGAUAUAUCUUACGAUAAAUGUUUCUGGGACAAAUAA